GGUAGCUUGUGGGACAUAAGCUGGAGUUGCCAUCUCGGGAUAUCCUCAGCUCUGGCGCAGCCACUGGUUUUGAAAUCGUGAAUCAAGCCCACUCCUGAUGUUUUGAGGAACAGAACGCCGUACCACUACGACUCAACUGUACAGUAAUUUACCUACCCCAAAAUGGCCGGCUCGGAAUCAGGUUCCGACAAGGGAGGGCAAUCCAAGCGCAAGAGAAUGAAGUCGCUGUUCAAAACGGGCUUCUCGCGCGGAAAAGACGAACUUGUCAAGGGCCGAAUCGUGCUCGAGCACUCGCUCGGGCUGGGACACAAACCAAAUAUUGUCCCGCCGGGGGAGCCCCGCACCAACCAGCGGGCCCGGACGGUCGAGAUCGGGUGGCACCCGGUGGGCGGGACGGCAGGCAAGUGGUUCGCGGAGCGGACCAAGCUCGGGGCGUGGAUCACGGAGAAGGUGCACAAGUAUCCGGACCCGUCGCAGCACUGGGCGGUGCUGGUGGGGGACUACUGCCACGAGCUGUGGAUGGACGAGAACCUCGACAUCAUCUACGUGAACGGGCGGGUGGACGCGGAGGAGUGGCGGACGUUCCGGGUGGGCGAGACGCGCUUCAACGACGAGGCGCUGCGGCAGGCGGGCGAGAUGGUCAUCUACGCGAUGCGGCAGAAGAAGGCGGCGUAUAACCUCAUCAGCAACAACUGCCAGAACUUUGCGCUUCUCAUGCUCGACGCCAUCCAGCUCGGCGCGGCGGAGCGGACCGAGUUCGCCACGACGCUCGCCGUGGUGCAGACGGCGACGGGGUCGGGCAAGGUACGCGAUCUGUUCGCUGAGACGCAGUCGAAUGAGCAGCAGGCGGCGCUGGAGCAGGCCGACAAGAACAAUCCUAUUGUGGCGUUGGCAAAGAGGUUGAUGGAUGAGCAUACCAAUAAGCUAGACAGUCACCACCAAGCUCGGUGAUGGCAUCCAGGGCACCCACACAUGCACGACAUACUAGAUGAGAGAGAAAGGGAGGGUCGAGAGGAUAUGUGCAGGCACACUCGCACUGUGGCUGCGUGGUCCGGGGAAG